AUGGAGGAUAUCCGCCAAAACCGUCUUCCUCCGUCGCAGCCACUGCCACCGCCACCGGCCGUGGAAGAUAUUCCUCCAUACUUCCGGUGCCCUAUUUCCAUGGAGGUUAUGCAUGAUCCUGUCACGAUUUCCACCGGUGUUUCCUUUGAAAGAGCCAAUAUUGAGAAGUGGUUCUUCACUUACAACAAGAAAACUUGCCCUGCGACCAUGCAAAUCAUUGUCAACUUUGAUAUCACUCCAAAUUAUACACUCAAAAGGCUCAUACUCUCUUGGAAAAUGAAUGAAUCUUGCUCCUCCGCCUCCUCCUCGUCGCCCGGACCGCCAUCGAUGGAGUACGAUGAUGUUGUGGCUCUCUUGAAAAACAUCGAGUUGUCGCCGUUCAAAGCGAGUUCUUUGAAGAAACUACGGCUACUCAUGGCCAUCGACGAUGUAGCGGCGGUCGGAGCGAAACCCAUCUUUGUUCAAGCAAAUGGGUUUGAAGUUCUUGUUGGAUUAGUCACCCAAGUCGCCAUUUGUGAAAGCUCCAAUUUCGCUAAUUUUGAAGCCUGCGAGGAGGCUUUAGGGGUAUUAUCUCAAUUUCCAUUUUCCAAAACCGAGAAGCUAUUUGAGUUACUAUCGAGACCAGAAGCGAUCAAGUCAAUGGCGAUCGUUUUACAAAGAGGAAGCAUAGAAGGACGAUUUUAUGCCAUGGAAUUACUCCAACAAAUAUCCAAAAAGGGUUAUGAUUAUAACUCUUUAACGAAACAUCAUGCCAUUGACCUGUUCAAGUCAAUAUUGGAGCUCGCGUCGGAUGAGAUAAUCAAGAAAGCAAGUACUGUUAAGAUGACAGACUCGUCCAUAGCUACACAGUGUCGAUACGGAACGUUAUUCUCAUCUGCCCUCGAACUUUUGAUAGAAAUCAUGGAAUCCUCUAAGAAAUGUCGUCUUCUGUUGAUUGAAGCUGGUGCUGUUUGCAUCAUGAUCGACCUUCUUCCUGACUCGAACCGAUCAAAGUGCGAGAAAAUAUUACACGUACUCAAACUUCUAAGCGAUUGUGCGGAGGGACGGUUAGCCAUGGCGGAGCAUAUCAUGGGAAUAGCGACGGUGACGAAGAAAAUGAGUACAUCAAAUACAGCUACAAAAAUUGGGGUGAAAAUCUUAUGGUUGAUAUGCAAUUAUCAUCCUAGUGAGAGGGUUUUAGAGGAGAUGAUGGGUUGUGGCACAGUGAAGAAGCUGGUAGGGAUCUUGAAUGGCGAUGGAAGAUCUUCUUCAACCAAGGAGAAGGCCAUGAAGAUCAUGAAGCUUCAUGGGAGUUUUUGGAGGAGAUUUCCUUGUUUUCCUUAUGAAUUUAGGGAUUAUUUUAAGUUGAUAAAUUAA